CCAGUUAGAAAUUUGCAUCCCCUCUCUAAAUCCCCCAUCUGGUUUCCAUGGAAACAAACCUGGUUGCGCAGACACGGAGCAGCGGGCAUUGAAGCUCCAACCUGACCUGCCCACCUCUGCAACAGGCUGGCGGUGGAAGGAGGAGCCCGCGGAAGCGGCGCCUCAUGUGAGAGGCCCAGCAGACCCUGCAGAGGCCCCCGGGCCCCCUGGCUCCGCCCCCACCACCCACUCUCGGGUGGUAAAUACACCGUCGCGUCCCCCGCCACCGCCCACUGCGCUCGGACCCGGCCCGACGCGACCGCCCAGACCCAGCAGACCGACCGCCCCUCGCUCCACACCAAUGGCUGACGGACUCUUUCAGCGCAAACCCUGGGACCCGGAGCAGAUUCGCCCGGACCCCGACCCAGACUCGGAAGGCCUGUUUGACGAGCCUCCCCCAGAGGAGCCCCCGGCUGCCCGCGCGCCCGGGUCGGCGUCAGCAGGGGGCAAGAAAGCGGGUCGGCGCGCCGGCGGGAGGGCGCUGGGAGCCCGUGCUGGGCAACCCCGGAAGGCUGCUGCCCACCCCCAGCAGGAGGAGAAGACGCCUCCACCGGACGAGGGCUGUUAUCUCGACCAUUUCCCGCACCUCUCCAUCUUUAUCUACGCAGCCAUCGCCUUCUCCAUCACUUCCUGCAUCUUCACUUAUAUCCACUUACAGCUUGAAUGA